GGAGGAAUUAAAGAGGCAGCCCGUAAGCGGGAGGGGAUUUACUCCAGCAGAGCAGCUCAGUGUAGCACAGCCCACGGAGCAGAGAGCAGCACGAACCCGGAGCUGACGGCGCAGACGGACGCACACAACAGGGGUAAAAAAAUGACCCUCAACAACGUUACCAUGCGUCGCACCCACCACAGCAGCCUGCAGCAGCAACAGCAGCGAUGGAGCAUCCCUGCUGAUGGGAAGAACCUGCUGGUCCAGAAGGACUCCAAUGAGUACAACGCGCAGAAGCGAUACACCAUCAGCCCUGAUGAAUACUACAGAAGAAGCUGGUCCUCGGAGUCAUCUGACUCUGUCAUCUCCUCUGAGUCCUGCAGCAACUGCUACAGAGUGGUGCUGAUAGGGGAGCAAGGUGUGGGCAAGUCGUCGUUGGCCAACAUCUUUGCAGGGGUACACGACAGCAUUGACAGUGACUGCGAGGUGCUGGGAGAAGACACAUAUGAAAGAACCCUGAUGGUGGAUGGGGAGAGUGCAACGAUUGUACUGCUCGACAUGUGGGAUAACAAGCGUGAAGGAGAAUGGAUUCGAGACCACUGCAUGAAAGUGGGAGAUGCCUACUUGAUUGUCUACUCCAUCACAGACCGAGCAAGCUUUGAAAAAGCUUCUGAACUCAGAAUACAGCUCCGCAGGGCUCGGCAGAGAGAAGAUAUUCCCAUUAUUUUGGUUGGCAACAAAAGUGACCUUGUCAGGUGCCGCGAAGUUUCAGUAGCAGAGGGCCGAGCGUGCGCUGUUGUGUUUGACUGCAAGUUUAUCGAGACCUCGGCAGCCGUGCAGCACAACGUGAAAGAGCUCUUUGAAGGCAUCGUGAGGCAAGUGCGGCUCAGGAGGGACAGCAAGGAAAAGAACGAGAAGCGGCUGGCUUACCAGAAACGGAGGGAGAGCAUCCCGAAAAAAGCCAGGCGGUUUUGGGGCAAAAUAGUUGCCAAGAACAACAAGAACAUGGCCUUCAAACUCAAGUCCAAGUCUUGUCAUGACCUAUCGGUACUUUAAGAAUGUUGGACUCUGCCAGAGCUUGUGGCAUUUUGUGGACAUUAUCGAACUCUGUUGUGGGAAAUAAUCUAUAUUAGAUUGGGCUAUGAAAAUGACUUAGAUUCACAGUUGUGAUUGUGAUGAUACGUGCUGACAUAAGAACAGCACAGUGCAUGGAAAUAUCUCUCUUUCAUUUUCUUUGGUAGUUUUGUAAGAAAAGUAUAAACCCGAAUGACCCAAAAUUGUGCUGGGAGAGCAUUCCGGAAUAUACCUAUUUCUUCUCCACUCACCUUUGGAUAAUAGCUUACGAACCUCAAACUGUCAUGACUUGGGAAGUCAAUACUACGCUCUUUACUCUUUCUCACUGUAAUUACUUGUUUAAUUUUUAUUCUUUUUCUUUUUUGAAAAUUGUGUAAAGAAUUGAGGAACUGACUAGGCAUUGAUCCCUCGCCAAUUGGCUGGUCAGGCUUGAGCACCCACAGCUGAAAAUAUGCAUUGUUGUAGAAUAGCCAUCCAAACACUUCUUUUUACUAUUUCAAGGAUUGGUUUCAAUGAGUUCACACAUCUCUUACUUUGAAAAUAUUUAAAGGAAAAAUCUUAUAGUCAAAUAAAUUUUCCUCUCAUAUUUCUAUGUUAGGGGCCUGUUUAAAACUCAUAGUCAAAAUAAAAUUAAAGCACAAGCUUAAUCAAAGUACAUCAAGUGCAGGAUGCCAAACCUUUAUAAAUCACCUGAGCUUUUUUAAGAAACCACACGGACUUCUUGUAUCCAGUCUUGGCCUUUCUCUAUGCCAGAGCUAUGCUGUAUUUAUUGUUGUGCAAAAUAACAAGCAUUUUAAUGUUGAGGGGAAAUGUAUUUAUUACCAAGUUUCUUAAAGAAUAAUGUUAAUUUUAUUACUGUUUUCUAUCUAAUACCUUUUUUCAGAUAUGCAAGUUUUUACUUACAUGCCUUGUAAUAAAACAAAUAAAAUAUA